UGAUUGCUGCUCUUGGCUGCCUUUUGGAAGUGAGUAAAUUGGGUUGCUUCUUUGGAAUAGCAAUUUUCAGUUCUUAAAAAUCUACUUUACAGUCUCUAAGACAGUGUUUUCAAGAGCUUUGCUAUUCUAGUUUGGAGUUCAAAAGGAAAGGCUUUCUUUGAAAGUGGGAAUCCUGAGAUUAUUCACUUUUUUGUGGUCGCCACGUGUGUUGGUAAGGAGGCAAACACAGAGUUUAUUCUCUAGAAGGUUUCAAGGACAUCUUAUUUACUUCAGCCGAACGUUGAAGAACCUAGGCCUACAGCAGUGGCAAGGUAGUUGGAAUAAAAGGGGUAUUUUACGGAGACGAGCCCAGCGCUGACUGAAGAGUGAGGAGGGAGUCUGUCAUUUGUGCUGUUUUCUGUUUCCCGGACUCGAGGCGAGAAAACAUCGCAUUAAUACCACUCAACCCAUCUUUGGUAAUCUACUGAUAUUAAGAGAACGCGAAAAACAAUUAUCAGCUGCAGUUUUCAUCCGCAUGAGUUCUGAAAUCGUGAAUACAACGAGUGAAAUUCCACCUCGAUCACCAGAAAUCAAACAGGAUGCAGCAGUCUCUCCAAAUGGUGCACUAAACCCAAAUGCAGCAGUUUUCAACCAAUUCAGUUUGAUGACAUUAUCUGACAAACGCAUAGGAGGCCCAACUCCCAGCACAGCAGCCCCAACUCACUUGCAAGAUAAUGGUGAAGAUGGUCACUAUAACCCAGUAGGAGCAAUGGCAGAAAGCCUACAGUACAGCCCUCGUGCUGUUAAUGGGUAUGGAGAGGCUAACACAAGUCAAAGUCCAUUAGCGGAAAUAGCACAGACUAAGGAAAUAUCACCAGACAAGAUGCCUUUAAAGGACUUGAAGGCUCUACUCCAGAGGCAGCUGGAGUACUACUUUUCAAGAGAGAACCUCUUAAGAGACACUUACUUGUUGUCUCAAAUGGAUGGAGACAAUUUUGUUCCUAUCUGGACCGUCGCUAACUUUAAUCAGAUAAAAAAGUUGACCAAAGAUCUUGAACUCGUGAAGGAAGUAUUGAGAGAAUCUUCGUUCCUACAAAUGAAUGAUCUCUGUGACAAAGUAAGAGCAAAUGUGAGGCGCUGCAUUGUAGUUCUACGAGAGAUACCAGAAUCAACACCUAUUGAGGAGGUAAAAGCCCUCUUUGAGGGAGAAGGAUGCCCUAAGCAUGUAAAGUGCGAGUUUGUAGGCAACGACUACUGGUAUAUUCACUUUGAAAAUGAAGAUUGUGCACAAAAGGCAUAUGAAUAUUUAAGAGAAGAGGUCAAGACUUUUAAAGGAAAGCCUAUUAUGGCAAGAAUGAAAGCCAACGCCAUCCACUCAACAGCAACUCCAAAGAGUGUACCUUCAACUCCACCACAGAUGGACAACACUGUUAUCACACCACCUCAUCAAGCAACUAUGUUCACCCGAUUCCAGUACCCUCCUGUGCAGCCAAUGUUCAACAGUGCUCAACAGUAUGGGCCGCCAUUUUAUGCUGCCCCUCCCAAUAUGAUGCAUACAUGGCCUCCAGCACAACACUUUCAAGAUCAGCACAUGCAGCAGGGCUUUCCUCAUAACGGAUAUAAUCCUGGUCCUUUGAAGGGUAAACAUGACAAAACUGGUGGCAAUUCAGUGCGACAUUACCAGCCCAACCGACAAAGGUAUCCCAACUCCAAUAAGAACAAUUUCCGAGAUCAAACAAAUGAUAGAGUGGAGAGAGAAGGUAGUCAUCGAUCUAAGCCCCAGAGCGCUAAUGGCACAGCAGGGAAUGUACCACCUUCCAGCAGUCCGAAUGCCACAUCAAGCAUAAACAGCAGUAGUAGUCCUACCACUGUAACAAGUACAAAUAACCCUGCUAACAGAGAGAAUCCUAAGAAUACUACAGGGUCCUUCAGAAAUAGAGAGAGCACAAGGGAUGCAGAUGAGUUUUCAAGAAGAAGCUCAAAACCUAUAAGAAGAAGAAGAGGAAGCAGUGAAGAUAUAAGACGGGAGACUCGUCAUAAGGAAAACCGUUCCAGUCCGGUUCGUCACAGUAAAGAUGACAGUGAGGUUUCAGAAGUUUUGAAUCCUUCAAACUUUCCUCCUUUGCCAACUGGAAAAAAACAAUCAGUGGAAUCAUCUGAGUCAAAGAGUGUACCUGCAAAGGUUGACAAACCUGUUGUAACUCCAGUACAAUCCCCUGCUCCGUGGUCCAAGAUUACAGAAAAUGCCAGUGCACAGAACAGACCUAAACCAGAGGCUGUGCCUCCUCCACCCAAGCCAUUAGAAAAGCCAGUCUCACCAAAGGAACCAGCACCAAAACCAGAGAAAUCUCCUCCACCAGUUGUUGCUGCAGAAAAGCCUACAACAACAACAACGACCACAACAACACAGACCAGUUCAAACCGACAAGCAGAAAAGAAAAGCUAUGCUCAGAUGGCUGCCCAAAAAAAUCCAAAGCCUGGAUGCAACUCCAGUCCACCGCCAAACAACCAAACCAAAUCUCCAGGAAAAUGAACCAAUGGGACAAGUAGUUAGUCUUCAUAUGCUGCAAAAAAGUAUAUAGUAUCCAUGGCAACAGCAUUACUAUUUAAAAAUGAUUGACAUUAGACUGCACCAACAAUUCUGCCUGUGGUUUCAAAAUAAGGCUGCACAACAAAGAUUAGAUGGGAUUCAUGUGAUUGUGAUUUUGCAGCAUCAGAGUUGACACAGCAUCUGUGUAAGACUUGAGGUGGCACAAUUAGGUUGAACAAUAUGGGGUAUUGAAUAAUUGCAGCAUCCAAUGCAACUUGACCAUGGCAAGACUUGACAGCCAGGAAUAAAGAGAUUUUUGAUGAAAAAUAGACAAGCAGUGAAGACUAAUUACAGUGCAACAUGCACUUGCAAAAAGUGUGUGCUUAUCUACGGAUCAGCAAAUGUAAAUACUUACGAGAGGAAUACAUUUGGGAAUGUUAUGUGCAUACUUUAAAAUGUAACACUAAGGAGAAUAAUUGACCUUGGCUCUGAUUUCAGAGUGCACUAUUAGUAGCCUUUAAUAUGGCAGCGUAAAAGACUUAAUAGUGGCAGUAUUGUACACUAUGGACCCAACAAAAGAAACAAAAAGGACAAACUACCAGUACAAUGGCAUAUAUCAGUGAUAGUUGGAAACAAUGUCCAUUUAUAAUAUGCUACAUUAUUAAUGUCAAACUUGUGGAAUUGGCUACCUAGUUGAAAUGGCAACAGAGCUUUUGUAAGGUUGCCUUUAGAAACUAAGGACAGCUGUAUCAUGCCGAGAAGAAAAGGUAUACAAUGGAUACUUUGUUUGUGACAUACUGUAGGAGAUACUGUCUUGGUAUUGUUACAACUGGUGGUCGUUAGUGGUCACUUGUAUAAGUUAUGUCAAAUACACAUAUAAACAUGUCAUUUAUAAAGCUUCAAGUAUCUCGUAAAGAAAUUUAUGGCAACGCAACAAGUAAAUUGGUCAGGAACACUAUGGCUGAGUGAUCAAAGUAUUUCAUAUUGGCUGUUCUAGUACCAUGUAACAUCCUGUGUUAUCUUAGUCUUUGUGAGAAGAAACCUUAUUACAGCAUGGCUCAGACAGUGAAGUGGAAAAACUAGUCAAGACAUCUUCUGGUCUGUGCACUUCAUAAAUCUUUGCCAUCUCAUAUAAUAAUAACUUAAUCAAAAAGUAUUAAUUAUUGAUGUGAUCUUGACAUGGCUGUCCAUCAUUUGUUGCUUCCAAAAAUGACACUCAUCAAAAACAAUUAACGCAACUCCACGUUUUGAAGAUAUUGUUACCACAAUAAUCAGGAGAAAAUCUUCAAAAAAUUUGAAAAGAUUGGACAAAUUUAUUGCACAAAGACAAUCAUACAUUCAUGUAGAAUACAUAUGAUCCAAAUAUAUUUUAUGAGUUACUAUAAAGUGUGUGGUGUACAAAUAAUACAUCUGUCGCAGUAGACACUGGAGUUCAAAAGGGUCUUCAUUACUGCCUAAACCAUAGUUGUUUCAAUGUCACUCUUGACUGAUAAAUCUGUCUGCGUCUGUUACCUUCAAACUGAAGAUGGAAUCCCUGUGUUGGAACUAGCAAGUAUGUACUUGGAAACAAAGCAUAUUUUGAUUAUUCAUGCAAUUGGAAUUCCUGUGGAAAUACCUGCAAGUCGGUGUAUUGAGCCAUUCGAUGGGAUUCCUGUGUUGGAACUAACAAGUGUGAAACUUGGUUUCAAGUCAUGUUAUGGGGUUCCAGUGGUACAGAGUAAGGUACAGACUUGUUUUGAGCUGGGAGGUUAUUUUAAAGUCUUUAUUUUUGUGUAGGAUUCAAGCUCUUUGCAGGACUCAACCUUUCUAGGAUUUGCGUGUCUUAAUUGGAUGUAAGAGGAAAGAUAAAGGUGCCAUAUACACUUUUUUCAGAGAAUGUUGUUGGAGCCAAAGGUGCAGGAUGUAUUGCAUUCGUUUACUCAGCAGUAGCUGAGCAGCACUUCUAGUCAUUCACAUUGGUUGAGUCCUACAAAGAUAAAUCUUAUGAAUAUCAUUAGCUAGUAGUUCUGAUUUACUAGUAACAAACUGAUAUAUUGAUUCUGUUCUCAGAAUAUAGUAAAAAGAUAAACCUCUAGUCUUGUUUUAUAGGAAUGAUAUUCCAUAGAUCAGAGAUGGCUAGCAACUGAAAAAAAUGUUAUCCAAUCCUCACUUAAAGUGCUUGUCGACAGGCGAAAGCUACUUGCUGGAGUUACAGCAAGUUGAUUUGCAGCCUAGAAAGUGUUCCAAGUAAAUAUGUAUUUACUUGAUAUCCAUAAAUGGCACGUUUUUCUUGUGGGUUCAAGAAAUCAUGAUCGCCAGAGAAAUAGCAAAACUGUUCUAAUACUAGUAAUGGUAAAAAAGACGGUCUCAAAACUGUCAACCUGCUGUUACUUUUAUUAUCUACCAGCAGCCUAAUGACAACCUACGAACACCCUAAUGACAACCUACGCAACACCCUACUGACCACCUACGCAACACCCUACUGAUCAUCUACCMACACCCUACUGACAACCAACCAACACCCUACUGACAAUCAACCAACACCCUACUGACAACCCAUCAACACCCUACUGGCAAUCUACCAACACCCUACUGACAACCUACCAACACCCUACUGACAACCCACCAACAUCCUACUGACACCUCACCAACAACCUAAUGACACCCUACUGACCACAAGUCAAAAUACUACGAUACUUUGCCAACACCGAUUUUGGGGUUGUGUUUUUUCAUUAUUUCCCUAAAAGUAUUCUGCAGACACUUGCAAAUGUAAUCUCCACUAAUGUUUUCACUGAUUGUCCCCAAGCAUUUGACUGGAGUAUUGGAUAACAGAAGCAUGGCCUUAUUUUAUGAGUAAUUUGUAGAUUUAGAAAGUAAUAUGCAACGCCUGAGGAUAAUCAAAUGUUGCAUGAAAUAUGGUCUCUUAAGACUGGUGUGCGUGAUUAUAUACAUAAAUGUUAUGUACUUAGUACCAUGUGGUUCUGUCGUUUGGAGUACUUCCACUGCUUUAGUUUAAAUAGAUUAUAAGUACCACUAAUUAAUGUUUUUUAAAAGCUUUUCUUCAUAUGUCAGAAAAACUGUUUUAGGUGUCAUUGAAAUCAAAAGUCAACAAGUUGACCUUUUUCUUGGAAAAUGGAUAAGGAAGAAAAAACAAUAUGAGCAAAUAAAAAGAGAAAAAUGGACAGUUCAUUACGAUCUGAAAAUGUUUUUGAACAGACAAUUAUUAGAUACACAAUGUGUAGUCCCAAAAAUUAUCCAUACCCUUCUCACAGAGGAAUUUUUUAAAGACACCCCCCUACCCCCAGAAAUUCCAAUUUUCUUCCAUACAAACUCUGUAAUUUUUGUUCUUUCUCUGACCCCCCUACUCUUCAGAAAUUCCAAAUUCCUCUUUGGGGUGGGUAUGGAUGAUUUCUGGAAAUACUGUACACAAUCUUGUAUUACACACUGUUUUUUGGUCUUUGUGUUCUUGGCACAAAUUACCAAGGUAUAAGCUUUAAUUAUCCUCUAUCCUGUUUAGUUGACAAUGACUACAGGUUCUAAAGUUUCUCUUCUUCAUCCGAGCCUUGUGUAUCAUUAGGUUGUGGGAGUUGAGGUCCAAUGUUCCUAGGCUAGAUACAAACAGUGUCUGACAUGUGAAGAGAAGGAUAUUUUGACAGUUGCAUACAUUGCUACACCAUCUAAAGACUAUAAUUGUAUUUUGAUUUUGAGGUGAUAUGUCAUGUUCGAUAUAUUAACAUUCCAACUGUAUGGCCAAGCUUUUGGUUGGUAGGAUUGUACUUCAUGUAUGGUGUACACAAACAGGAUUAUCAAAUCAUUUUUCUGACAUAAAUGCAAGAUGAUAUCAUACAGGAGGUUUUUACCUUAUACAAAAUUUAAAAUCUUGGUUAAAAAGCUAGUCUUUUAGAGUGAAGGCAUUUAACCCAUGCAACAGAUAUUCGACUAAUACACAUUAGUAGACCUUAAUUCCAUUGUUUUCUUUUGUGUCUUUUGUGUCUACACGUUGACUAGUAUUUUUUUAUUUCACGGUUUAAAUGCCUUCACUCUAACCACUCAUGCCUUAAUAGAAUCUAAUAAAGCAAAAUAUCUACAUAUUAGAGUGCUUUUCAUAAACGCGUGAAACAGAUACCAUUAGUGUGUAAUGGUGAAAUGACAGCAAAAGAACACAAUUGAAUUAGGGUUUACAAAUUUGUAUUAGGCUAGAGUGUGUAUUUCACGGGUUUAUGAAAACCACUGUUUAAUUAGAGUGCAAACAAUAUAGCCGUGAAACUUUAGUAAUACUAAAUAGCACAAUUUCAUGCAAAUUCCAUUGCUUUCUAUUUAAUUAGCACUAUUUUGUACUAUUUAGUAAUUAGUGUUUCACGGGUUAAUUGUUUGCACUCUACAAAGAGAUUCCUUGUGAUCUAGUGAGGUUUUGAUAUUGGUUUAAUAUAUCGUACAUGGCCUGUGGCUUGAAGGAAAUUUGUUACAAGACUCAAAAAAAAAUAAAGUAAUAGAGAAACCCAUACAAAUUUCGAGGAGAAUUUAGAGACAAAAAUAGAGCACAAGAAUAAUCUAGUUUUUGAGUGAGAUUAGUUUUUCCGGUGUAGGCAAGGUGAGAUGGAUGGCUAAAAGGUCCUUAGUACUUAUAUUUAUGGGGUACCUGUGAAAAAUUAAGAUUCAAGAAUAGCCAGCUAAUCUGACAAAAAAUGUUAGACAAUCAAUCGAACAAAAUUUGCAAAACUGUGUAAAUCCCCCCAAAAGGUAUCGAGCAAUCACUUCACCUUUGGAAAAAAUAUCCUGCAAUUUCUCCAUUCAGUAAAAAAAAAAAAUAUCGAGCAAACCCAAAAAAAAAUUGACUGCAGGGGUUUUUACAAGUAAUUAAUAUUGUGCAACACAAAUUCUUGCACCCCCCCUAUUAUCUAAUGUUCGACCUCUUACAUUCUCCAUCUCCCUUGCGUACUUAUCUCAUAGAAAUAAUUCAUGUAUGUUAGUUCAUGAAAAUUCACAUUGCAUCUAAGUUAGAAACAAAAUGUGAUCAUAAAGUAUUAUUAUUUAAUUGCAAAAGAAUUAUCAGCAGGUAUUA